CGUCGCCCGCCCGACCUGUCACUCACUCAUUUGGUCACCUUGCCGUCUGCGCCGCGUCAGGUGGCGGCGCCGCCGCCUCCCGCCCGGGUCCUGCUCCUGGAACCGUUCUACGGGGGCUCCCACAAGCAGCUGCUGGACCUGCUCGCCGCCCACCUGGACUCCUGCGUGGCCUUCACCGCGCCCGCCAAGAAGUGGCACUGGAGGGCCAGAACCUCGGCGCUCGACUUCAGCCAGCGCGUCACGCCCAACCCGGCCUACAGGGUUCUGUUCUGCAGUUCGGUUCUCAACCUGUGCGAGCUGGCGGCCCUUCGACCGGACCUGGCCCGGCUGAAAAAGGUGGUGUACUUCCACGAGAACCAGUUGGCGUACCCGGUGCGCAAGGAGCAGGAUCGGGACUUCCAGUACGGCUACAACCAGAUUCUGUCGUGUCUGGUGGCCGACGCGGUGGUCUUCAACUCGGCCUUCAACAUGGACUCCUUCCUGUCGUCGGUGCCGUCCUUCCUGAACAAGAUCCCGGACCGGCGCCCCCCCGACGACCCGGUGCGCGUCAUCCGGCCAAAGUGUCGGGUCCUUUAUUUCCCGCUCUGCUUGGCUGACGUCGGCAGGCCGCUUCCCGAAGACGUGACGGCCGCGGGCACCGCCGCCGCCGCGCAACGGGAUGCAAAGCCGCUGCACAUCGUUUGGCCUCACCGCUGGGAGCACGACAAGGAUCCCGAGUUGUUCUUCAGCACCGUGUUGAAGUUGAAAGAAGAAGGACUGGACUUCCUGGUGUCUGUGCUCGGGGAAACGUUCACCGACGUGCCGGAUGUGUUUGCGCGCUGCCGCCCUCUGCUGGACUCGCACGUGCUGCACUGGGGCUUCCUGGAGUCGCGAGAGCGCUACCUGAGCGUCCUGCGCCAGGCCGACGUGGUCCUGUCCACGGCGCGGCACGAGUUCUUCGGAGUCGCCGUGUUGGAGGCGGUGCACUGCGGCUGUUACCCUCUGUGUCCCAAGGCUUUAGUGUACCCUGAAAUUUUCCCAGCGGAGUACCUGUACGCCACUCCCCAGCAGCUCCUCAAGAGGUUGCGCAGCUUCUGUGGCCAACCCAGCCGCGUACGCGCACACACGGUCAAGGUGGACACGUCCCGUUUCUCCUGGGACGUCCUCAAGGGGGCUUAUCAAAGUCUGCUGAGCCCAUGAACUUCCUGCGGGCUCGACGCUUUUUUUUUUUUUUUUCUAGGUGACGCAAGGUGACGACGACCAAGUUUUGCUUUCGCGGGAUUUGCAACUCUCAUCCAAAAAUUCCACUUGGCGCCUCAAAGGAGAUUAAGGCGGAAUUAUGACCUCAUCGCCCAAUAAUCCCGACAGCACGACAAGAGGCAAACACGCACGGACGUAACGUCACGGACGCCCUGGUCAAAGUUGGUCUGGGCGGGGUCCCGCACGGCGGACGCUUCGUGAGGAACAUCGCAGAGUCAACACUGAGCCUCGGCCCCCUCCCUUGCCUUUGUUUUACACAUCAACUUUUUUGCUAAAGCGUGUCGUUAGUUCCCAUCUCACCUUUUGGGGCACGCGUGGACAAUUGCUACGACUGAAUAGAUGCUUGAAAAAGGAUCUGGGGUUUUAUGACCAAGUAAAAUUCAGUCUCAUUUUC